CAACGCCGCGACUCUAAGUUAGUUUCGUUGUUUGUUGCUGCUUUGCUUAGGAUUUUGGGGUCUCGGGAUUCGAUUUCCAGCCUUCGCCUCCCAGCUGAGAUGAUGGUGAUUGGAUUCCGGUAUACGAUAUCACCUCUGUAUCGUUUCUGGAUGUAGUUUGUUGCUAUCCUUUGCCUCUCUGUUCUUAUCUCGCUGUAGUUGAAUGUUGGAGCCUUUUGAUGGUCUAUCGGCUUGAACGUAAUGGUGGUUGAAGAUAUACUGAAGAAUAAGGAUUUAUGAUUUAUUUGUGUACCCCAUGAGUCUGAACUCUAUGGCUUUCAAGCAAAAGAAGCGACUGAAGAACACAAGAAACAAGUAUCUAAAACCUGGUGCACUUGCCCAAAUCUGUUAUAACAAGACGUCAAGCAAAUCAUGCACAGAUAUUGGGAAGAAGAGGACUGUGUUGGAGUCAGAGAAGGAAGAAAUUGGUCUAAUGAGGGAAGCUGAGGUUAUUCAAAGUAAUACACCUGUGAUGUCUCCCACUAAGGUCAGCUCCCAGCCAGCAAUAGAUGAGGCCAAACAUCAAAACCUGCCUGUAACACCUAAGACACCACAAAGUGCAGUGUGCGACAGGCAAUCAAGACUUGAAACUCUCCCUAUGGAUCUUCUGAUUAAAAUCCUAUGCCAUCUGCAUCAUGAUCAGCUAAGGGCUGUUUUCCAUGUUUCUCAGCGAAUUCGAACAGCUGUACUUAUGGCUAGGCAAUUGCAUUUCAAUUAUACAACUCCCGACCGGUCUAGGCAAGAGAUGCUGAGAAAUAAGACCCCCCUUCCAACUGAACAUUGGCCUUUUGCAAGCAAAGCAGGAAGGAAGGGUACGUGGGGAUCUAGUCCACACACUCCUAAAGCUCCAAGACAUGGUUGUCGUUCUUCUCGUCUUCACCUGAUGGACGUGAAACAGAUUGCAGCUGUCCUAUUUCAGGAGCCCACACUGCCCCCAAGACACAUGAUGCCGCCAUGUUUAUCAAGGGUUAGCAGCUUAUGGUUGCUGCCUCAGGUUUUAGAAGUUAAGAGGGCAUAUAGAUGGAAUCAUCAGCUCAGAUCAAGUUGGUCAUAUGUCCUUUUAACAUAUACUGAGUUCUUUGUACAGUUCUUGCUAUAUUUUGUAUAUGCUUGUUUCUUCAUUUUGUUCUCAUGUCUAAAAUACCUUGCUCUUUUACAUUUUAGUUGUUUGCAACAUGGGAAAAAAAAAAUUUGCUAUUUGUGCAGUAGCAAUUAGUUUUUUUUUUUUUCUUUUGGCAAUUAGAUGCUAAUCACUUAUCCCCGACAACCGGGCUUGUUUGCUAGAGCACACAGGAAGGCAAAGCUCAGUACAGGAAAUUAUCUAAAGCAACAGACAUUAUCAGAGACAUGUAGCUUUCAAUUUUAAGAAGAAUGGAUGGACUUUUGGUUUUUGGUGCUGGAUAUUUUUUGCAUGUCAAGUUUUCUUGUCUUUUAGCUGUACAU